AUGUUCAAGGGGUCCACCAGGUCCUGGGCCGAGUCCCUGCGGAGGACCCAGUCUGGGGCAAACCUGCAACAACACACUCAGGGUCAGGGGUCACAGGUCUCAGGGUCAGAGGUCUCAGGGUCAGAGGUCACAGGGUCAGAGGUCACAGGGUCAGAGGUCACAGGGUCAGAGGCGGUAGAUGCUCUGCAGCUGCUCCAGGGCUUUGGGGAUCUUCAUCACCUCCUGAAGCAGGACUUUAGAUCAGACGUCUGCCUCGUACCUGUGCUCUCCCCCUCACACAGAAGUCUCCCCCGUACCUGUGCUCUCCCCCUCACACAGAAGUCUCCCCCGUACCUGUGCUCUCCCCCUCACACAGAAGUCUCCCCCGUACCUGUGCUCUCCCCCUCACACAGACGUCUCCCUCGUACCUGUGCUCUCCCCCUCACACAGACGUCUCCCUCGUACCUGUGCUCUCCCCCUCGCACAGACGUCUACCUCGUACCUGUGCUCUCCCCCUCACACAGACUUCUCCCUCGUACCUGUGCUCUGCCCCUCGCACAGACGUCUCCCUCGUACCUGUGCUCUCCCCCUCGCACAGACGUCUACCUCGUACCUGUGCUCUCCCCCUCACACAGACGUCUCCCUCGUACCUGUGCUCUGCCCCUCACACAGACGUCUCCCUCGUACCUGUGCUCUGCCCCUCACACAGACGUCUCCCUCGUACCUGUGCUCUGCCCCUCACACAGAAGUCUCCCCCGUACCUGUGCUCUGCCCCUCACACAGACGUCUCCCUCGUACCUGUGCUCUGCCCCUCACACAGACGUCUCCCUCGUACCUGUGCUCUGCCCCUCACACAGACGUCUCCCUCGUACCUGUGCUCUGCCCCUCACACAGAAGUCUCCCCCGUACCUGUGCUCUGCCCCUCACACAGACGUCUCCCUCGUACCUGUGCUCUGCCCCUCACACAGAAGUCUCCCUCGUACCUGUGCUCUGCCCCUCACACAGACGUCUCCCUCGUACCUGUGCUCUGCCCCUCACACAGAAGUCUCCCCCGUACCUGUGCUCUGCCCCUCACACAGAAGUCUCCCCCGUACCUGUGCUCUGCCCCUCACACAGACGUCUCCCUCGUACCUGUGCUCUCCCCCGUACCUGUGCUCUCCCCCGUACCUGUGCUCUCCCCCGCUCCUGCACCAGCAGCACCAGCAGGAAGCAGGUCUUGGUGAAGAUGCUUCCUCCCUUGUCGGCCGUUUUGUCUCCGGCCUUCUCCCUGUACCGCUGCAGCAGGACAGAGACGAGGGUCAGAGGACAAGACAGAGGACAGGACAGAAGACAGGACAGAAGACAGAGGACAGGACAGAGGUCAGGACAGAAGACAGAGGACAGAGGACAGGACAGAGGUCAGGACAGAAGACAGAGGACAGAGGACAGGACAGAAGACAGGAUAGAAGACAGAGGACAGGACAGAGGACAGGACAGAAGACAGGACAGAAGACAGGACAGAAGACAGAGGACAGGACAGAGGUCAGGACAGAAGACAGAGGACAGAGGACAGGACAGAAGACAGGACAGAAGACAGGACAGAAGACAGGACAGAAGACAGAGGACAGGACAGAGGUCAGGACAGAAGACAGAGGACAGGACAGAAGACAGGACAGAAGACAGGACAGGACAGAGGUCAGGACAGAAGACAGAGGACAGAGGACAGGACAGAAGACAGGACAGAAGACAGGACAGAAGACAGGACAGAAGACAGAGGACAGGACAGAGGUCAGGACAGAAGACAGAGGACAGAGGACAGGACAGAAGACAGGACAGGACAGAGGUCAGGACAGAAGACAGAGGACAGGACAGAAGACAGAGGACAGGACAGAGGUCAGGACAGAAGACAGAGGACAGAGGACAGGACAGAAGACAGGACAGAAGACAGAGGACAGGACAGAGGACAGGACAGAAGACAGGACAGAAGACAGGACAGAAGACAGAGGACAGGACAGAGGUCAGGACAGAAGACAGAGGACAGAGGACAGGACAGAGGUCAGGACAGAAGACAGAGGACAGGACAGAGGACAGGACAGAAGACAGGACAGAAGACAGGACAGGACAGAGGUCAGGACAGAAGACAGAGGACAGGACAGAAGACAGGACAGGACAGAGGUCAGGACAGAAGACAGGACAGGACAGAAGACAGAGGACAGGACAGAGGUCAGGACAGAAGACAGAGGACAGGACAGAGGACAGGACAGAAGACAGAGGACAGGACAGAGGUCAGGACAGAAGACAGAGGACAGGACAGAGGUCAGGACAGAAGACAGAGGACAGGACAGACAGGAAGACAGAGGACAGAGGACAGAGGACAGGACAGAGACAGAGGACAGAGGACAGGACAGAGACAGAGGACAGGACAGGACAGGACAGAAGACAGAGGACAGACAAGGACAGAAGACAGAGGACAGGACAGAAGACAGGACAGGACAGACAGGACAGGACAGACAGGACAGGACAGAAGACAGAGGACAGGACAGAGCAGGACAGAAGACAGAGGACAGGACAGAAGACAGAGGACAGGACAGAGGACAGGACAGAAGACAGAGGACAGGACAGAAGACAGAGGACAGGACAGAGGACAGGACAGAAGACAGAGGACAGGACAGAAGACAGAGGACAGGACAGAGGACAGGACAGAAGACAGAGGACAGAGGACAGGACAGAAGACAGAGGACAGGACAGAAGACAGAGGACAGGACAGAGGACAGGACAGAAGACAGAGGACAGGACAGAAGACAGAGGACAGGACAGAGGUCAGGACAGAAGACAGAGGACAGGACAGAGGACAGGACAGAAGACAGAGGACAGGACAGAGGUCAGGACAGAAGACAGAGGACAGGACAGAGGUCAGGACAGAAGACAGAGGACAGGACAGAGGACAGGACAGAAGACAGAGGACAGGACAGAGGUCAGGACAGAAGACAGAGGACAGGACAGAGGACAGGACAGAAGACAGGACAGAAGACAGGACAGGACAGAGGACAGGACAGAAGACAAGACAGGACAGAGGACAGGACAGGACAGAAGACAGACAGGACAGAGGACAGGACAGACAAGACAGACAGAGACAGGACAGAGGACAGGACAGAAGACAGGACAGGACAGAGUCAGGACAGAAGACAGAGGACAGGACAGAAGACAGGACAGGACAGAGGUCAGGACAGAAGACAGAGGACAGACAGAAGACAGGACAGAAGACAGGACAGAAGACAGGACAGAAGACAGAGGACAGGACAGAGGACAGGACAGAGGACAGGACAGAAGACAGGACAGAAGACAGGACAGAAGACAGAGGACAGGACAGAGGUCAGGACAGAAGACAGAGGACAGAGGACAGGACAGAAGACAGAGGACAGAGGACAGGACAGAAGACAGGACAGAAGACAGAGGACAGGACAGAGGACAGGACAGAAGACAGGACAGAAGACAGGACAGAAGACAGGACAGGACAGAGGUCAGGACAGAAGACAGAGGACAGGACAGAAGACAGGACAGGACAGAGGUCAGGACAGAAGACAGAGGACAGGACAGAAGACAGAGGACAGGACAGAGGUCAGGACAGAAGACAGAGGACAGGACAGAGGACAGGACAGAAGACAGAGGACAGGACAGAGGUCAGGACAGAAGACAGAGGACAGGACAGAGGUCAGGACAGAAGACAGGACAGGACAGAAGACAGAGGACAGGACAGAGGUCAGGACAGAAGACAGAGGACAGGACAGAGGACAGGACAGAAGACAGGACAGAAGACAGAGGACAGAGGACAGGACAGAAGACAGGACAGAGGACAGGACAGAAGACAGAGGACAGGACAGAGGACAGGACAGAAGACAGAGGACAGGACAGACAGAAGACAGAGGACAGGACAGAGGUCAGGACAGAAGACAGAGGACAGGACAGAGGACAGGACAGAAGACAGAGGACAGGACAGAGGUCAGGACAGAAGACAGAGGACAGGACAGAGGUCAGGACAGAAGACAGAGGACAGGACAGAGGACAGGACAGAAGACAGAAGACAGGACAGAAGACAGGACAGGACAGAGGUCAGGACAGAAGACAGAGGACAGGACAGGACAGAGGUCAGGACAGAAGACAGAGGACAGGACAGGACAGAGGUCAGGACAGAAGACAGAGGACAGGACAGAGGUCAGGACAGAAGACAGAGGACAGGACAGAAGACAGAGGACAGGACAGAGGACAGGACAGAAGACAGAGGACAGGACAGAAGACAGAGGACAGGACAGAGGUCAGGACAGAAGACAGAGGACAGGACAGAAGACAGAGGACAGGACAGAGGACAGGACAGAAGACAGAGGACAGAGGACAGGACAGAAGACAGAGGACAGAGGACAGGACAGAAGACAGAGGACAGGACAGAGGACAGGACAGAAGACAGAGGACAGGACAGAGGUCAGGACAGAAGACAGAGGACAGGACAGAGGACAGGACAGAAGACAGAGGACAGGACAGAGGUCAGGACAGAAGACAGAGGACAGGACAGAGGACAGGACAGAAGACAGAGGACAGGACAGAGGUCAGGACAGAAGACAGAGGACAGGACAGAGGUCAGGACAGAAGACAGAGGACAGGACAGAGGACAGGACAGAAGACAGAGGACAGAGGACAGGACAGAAGACAGAGGACAGGACAGAGGUUGCGCAGCACCUGCAGGGCGGCGUUGAUGACCUCCAUACUCGGGACGCUCCGGUUGCAGCAGCGGAUUAG